UGCAGUUCGCCAUCAAAAGCGACUUUUGGUUAACUUUUUGUCUGAAUAUUUUUUGUCUCUUUCAUUGACUUUUUUCUCUACUAACCAAUGUUGUUUUGUUACAGCUGGAGGAUUUGAUGAUGACAGAAAAGACAGAGCAAUUUCCAUAUUAAAUGGUCAGGUUGUAGAUUAUGACUUGGCAUCUGGUAAUCAUGAAGAGGCAGAUACUAGAGUAUGGUUACAUGCAUCAGUUACAACAGCAGAUCAAGUCAUAAUCUACAGCCCUGAUACUGAUGUAUUUUUUAUAGGUUUACCACUUGUACCUAAUUUGAAUAAAACUGUAUAUGUGCAGUUGAGAGAUUCACCAUACAACAAUUCAUUUCUUUCCAUGGACAAACUUGUAAAGUGUAUUACUUUAAAUGAUUCACUUUUACAGGGAAUUGACAGUGUUUUGAUAUGUAUGCAGUUACUUUUUAUCUAUAGUGGAUGUGAUUUUGUGUCAUAUUUCAGAGGUUGUGGUAAGAAGACUUUUUUUGAUGUAUUCAGAAAGCAUGCCUCUUUUAUUGUAGGAAAUGGAAGCUUUGCAGAUGUUCAUGGUCAUAACGGCCUUCAUUCAUUUUACAGGUUAAUAUGUUCUGUUUAUUUUAAUAAACAUCGUGCUGCAUUUCAGCCAUAUUCUACUCCUAAAUCAUUAUUUGAUUCUAUUUCAGAGGGGAACUUACAUGAAAAACAUGUAUCUUUUAUUUCAGCCAUCAGAGAAAAGCUGUGGGAAAGAGUGGUCACUGAAGUGGAAAUGAUGCCAAACCAUGAAGCCCUCAAACUACACUGGAUGCGGUGUUGCUGGGUGUUUGAUUAUUGGAGUCAGAGCACCAGCAAUACCCAUACACUUUCUGAUUUGUCAAAAUCUGGAGGGCAAAUCACUGAUAAUAGAUUAGAACUUGUUUGGGACACUGUUUUAAAUUUUCAGAAAGUGGAGAAAACUGUAGAAUGGUAUACCAAAGGGUGUGGAUGUAAGACUGGAUGCAAAACAAAUAGGUGUAAAUGUAAGAAGGCACAAAAUGAUAACUGUGAUGGUUUUUGUGGUCCAGGUUGUAAAUGUGUAAACUGUUUUAAUGUUCCAGGUAGUGGAGAUCAAGUAUUAGAUAUGUCAAUUGACCUUGAUGAUGUCAUUUCAGAUGAAACAGAAGACCUUGAAGAUCCAGUUGAAGAUGAACAACCUGAAGUAGAUGGAUUAGUAGAGGAACUUGAUCAAACAGAUGAUUACUGGCUUUUCAGUAAUGAAGAGAUUUAAUUUUUAUUUUUUUUCAGAUAAAAAUACUUUCAUGAAUAUGUUGUUAAUGGCAAAGCUGUUCAAUUUAUCACAGUGCUUUUAGAUGAAAAGUGGAACCAGGCUUGAUAUAUUGUAAUAGGUCUUCUUUUAAUUGUUAAGUUCUGCAUAUUUAUUUUCUGAUGUCCUGGAAAUUUGUGUUGUUGGCUUGCUGUCAUAAUAAUCUAUACCCAACCUCUGCUAUAACUGAUAUUAACACUUCUGUUUUGAAAGAAUGUUUCAAUGGAGAAGCCUUGAACCUAAACUUGAUAAACAAUUUGGAAGUUUUGACUUUUUGCUUGUCAAUAUUAUUUGAUCCAGUUAUAUAAACUGCAUUUGUAUAAACUAAUAUGAUAUCUUUGUGGUGUGUGAAUGUUCAGGACUAAUACAUUUUUGUAUAUAACUUUCAUGCAAAAUUGAUAAUAUUCAAUGAUAUUUUUUUUAUUUUAUCAAUAUUCAUUAGUCAUGAUAGUCUUUUUUUAACAAUUGUUUUGUUUCCAAAUUCCUACCACUAGAUUUGCAAGUUUCCUGUUCAAAUUUGUUAUUGUUUACUCUUCCUUUGAACCUCAGUUUUUUGUGCAUUUCAGGUAUUUAGGGGCUUGAAUUAAUGAUUUAUUGAAACCUCAACAAAAGAGAGAUAACUCUUAAAAUUUGAGAUAUUGGAGACAACUGUAUUAAUCACUUAAUAUUUUUUUAGGACUACUGAAUGGCUGUCCUUGGUGUUUAUUUUAAACGGACAUCAAUGGGAAUUUGCAAAUAUUUAUGUCUAAUACAAAUUUUGUACUGUACAUAUUUUCAUGUCUUUUUUUCAGAUAGCAUCAUUUAUUACAUGAUAACUGUGGCUUAGAUAUUUUCCUAUAUUAUGUUUUUACCAUAAAUGAGCAAGAACAAUUACCUUUACUAAUUUGCUUUAUGUUUUGUACAAGUUUCAGAUCCUUAAAAUACUGGUUUGAGAAAAUUUUAUGUUGAAUGUACAGAUAAUUAAGGUAAGUGAAUGGGAGUACAGAGAUAUUGGUUUACUGUCUUUGUAGGACUCUCCACAGAUAGUGAAUGAACAUUUUAAUCAAAAAUAAUAUAUAUGAUAUCUUGCAUAGUAUUAUUCUCUACUACAUGUUUAUGUAAUUGCCACUUUUAAGAAAUAAAUUUUAAAUUCUAGGAAAAUCAUAAUUUUCCUUUGACAAGAGACAAAUUAAAUCAAUAAAAAUCUGAAGAGGCUUAAAUGUGCUAAUUUUUUUUUAAAUUAAUUUUAUCCUGUGUGAAAAGUUAUUUACAAUACAUUCCAAGAUAUUCUUGAAAAGUUCAAAGGAGAAAAGUUUUUAAAGAUUGAAUGUUUAAUAUAGUUAAUUAAACAUUUGUUUACCUUGAAACUUUUGCCUAGUACAUGUCAUUCCAUGGUAUCUUAUUUCAUGUUUUAAUGAUACUGGUAAUAUUUGUGUUGUCUUGGGAAAGUUGGUAUUGCACCUUUAGUACCUGUAUUUGUGAAUGCUGGUCAUUUUAUACCGUCUUGGGAAAGUUGGUAUUGCACCUUUAGUACCUGUAUUUGUGAAUGCUGGUCAUUUUAUACCGUCUUGGGAAAGUUGGUAUUGCACCUUUAGUACCUGUAUUUGUGAAUGCUGGUCAUUUUAUACCGUCUUGGGAAAGUUGGUAUUGCACCUUUAGUACCUGUAUUUGUGAAUGCUGGUCAUUUUAUACCGUCUUGGGAAAGUUGGUAUUGCACCUUUAGUACCUGUAUUUGUGAAUGCUGGUCAUUUUGUACUGUCUUGGGAAAGUUGGUAUUGCACCUUUAGUACCUGUACUUGUGAAUGCUGGUCAAUCUGUCUUUUUUUAUGUGAAUGUUACCAGUUCAUUAUUUAUUGGUGUUAUUAUCUUCUUUGUAUACAUGUAUGUGACCAGAUCUGGCAGAUCAUCAUGUUUUUUUCAAAAAGAUUUUGCUAAAAACAGGACAACCAUACUCUUUAUGUUUUAUUUAAAAAAUUUAAACCUCCUUUUUGGUUAGACAGAUAUUUGGCUCUUUUUAGGGAUCUUCUGAAAAUGUGGCAAGUUGUAUAAAAUGUGUAUAGUACCAUGUGUUUCAUUUACAAUUUUCUUGUAGUUCAAUAAAUUGUUCAUCAUAUAU